AUGGCAAAGGUCUUUGAGUUAACUGUGAAGGGGUGGCCUGACAAAAACACAGUGGCCUUGACUGAAUACUUCAGUCGACGCGAGCAGUCAUCCGUGUGUCAUGGGUGCAUCAUGUGGGGUACAAGAGUUGUUGUGCCACCCAAGCUGCGAUCCCGAGUCCUGGGAGCACUUCAUGAUGGACACCUGGGUGUGGUAAAAAUGAAAAGUCUUGCAAGAAGCUAUAUAUGGUGGCCAGGCAUUGAUCAACAAAUAGAGGAAAUGGCCAAAUUAUGUCCUGAAUGUCUGCAGACGCAAAAACAGCCUCCAUCCGCCCCUGUCCACAGCUGGGAGUGGCCAACUGCCCCUUGGCAAAGGAUCCACGUGGACUACACUGGGCCUUUCCUAGAUCGUAUGUCUCUUGUGGUGAUUGAUGCAUAUUCAAAGUGGCCAGAGGUCUUCAUAGUGAAAAAUGCCACAAGCACAAAAACAGUGGAACUACUCCGCACACUGUUUGCAAGAACAGGAUUGCCUGAACGACUUGUCAGUGACAACGGCAGUCAAUUCACAUCCGAGGAAUUUCAGUCCUUCCUCCAGAGAAAUGGCAUCAAACACACCACAGCAGUACCUUACCACCCCGCCACGAACGGGCUAGCUGAACGAUUUGUUCAGUUAUUUAAACAGUCAAUGAAAACAAUGUCAAAUGCUCAAGUGUCACUACAAGAGAAGAUGGGCUCUGACCCUCACGAGAGACGCUAUCCUGAAAGAGCUCAUCAUCCUCCCCAAAGACUGGACCUAUAG